AUGUCAACAACACACCCUUCCACAGGAACGCCACCAUUGCACUACCUCGCCUCACCUGAGAACAUACGGUCCAUCUUCUUCACCAACCUCGUCCUCCUCGGCGUACACGAGUACUCGUCCGCCUUUGCACAGAAACCAGGAAGUCAUCAUCACCUUGUCGAGACAGCAGCUGCAACGGCAGCACACCAUGGCUUCAACAAGUCUCGUCUCGGGACCUUGGCUUCUUCCUUUGAGCCACAGUCCAUGACACGAUCUAUAUCCCGUCAACAGCAUCUUCAACAACCCAUUAUUAUCGACUCAUACGGAUAUGACGCCAGUGGGAAUACGAGACCCCUGGAGCUCCACCGACAUGUCCUUGCCAAAGGCCAUCAAUCGACCAAGGCACUCGAGUUUAUUCUCUGGUUUCUAUUCACUCGACUGGACAAGACUCAGACACGGGAUCGGUUCAAGGAAUGCUGGCCAGUCAUCGAUCGACAUGACGCACGCGAGUUUAGGAAUGUGGCGUUCAAGUGGCUGGAAGAGCUCCGUAAGGAUGGCUGUUUCGGCAUAGGACAUCAAUUGGCGAGAGACGACUCCUCAGCGACAUUUGCAAGCAACAACCACAACACAAACGGCAAUACGGGCAGUCUAGGAUUGUUCUUGCCCACGAUUCGGAGGAGCUACCUGGACGAGUCGAUUGGAGAGCGGAUAGAGCAGCUGGUCCUGGUACUAUCUACCUAUGUCCUAUCCACUGUCAUCAAGAAGGAGAAGCAGAUGCAAGCCGAAAGCGACAGGACGCUGCGGGAACUGAUCAGCCAUGUACCAGAGUCUUCACAGGAUGAGGCGACACUCUUGGAGAUGAUUGAUUCACAGAUUGUUCGCCGAUCUCAGCCGUUUCUUCGGGAUGUCCAGAAACAGAAGGCUGUACGCCUGGACUGGAGCCUCAAGAGUCAGGAGAUGUGCAGCCGUCUUAAUACCAUUUCUAGAGAGUUGACGAAUGUAGAGUCAGAGCGGCGCAUGUUUCUUGUUCACCAACCGCACAUUGCUGAUAGGACAGGACUUUUGUCACUGGAGGAGCUGCGUGUUCUGGAAGACCGCUGGAUCGAGAAGAUCAAUGACCGGUGGCGACCUAUCCUCCGAUAUGUCGAGCUUCAUGUCGGGCGUAAAGACAUCUUGCAGGCUCUCUUGGAUGCUGAUUCAGGUAGCGGAUCGUCUGUUCUCGACAGGAAGAGACUGCAGAAGGAUGAUCUCUCUAUGACAUUGGGUCAUUUGACGAAUCACGACAACCACGGCGGUCCUUCAGUCGAUCUAGUAUCGAUACUCAUGACCUGGAAGCAUUCUUUACUACAGCUGGAAAAUGGGGCCAAGCAAAAAGGGAAUAACUCGGAGGCGUCGGCGGCUGUCACUCAGGGCGCAUUGGAGAACUUGUCCAGAAGUCAUGCCAAGCAGCUCGUGGCGAUCAAAGGAACAAGGACUCGUCUGGAGAGCAGGCUGAACGAGGUCACUCAGCGAGUGCAGAGACUGAAAAAAGAGAAAAAGAUUCAGGAACGGCCUUACCGACGCUUGUUGUCGACGAUCGCCACUACUGAAAGUCAUGAGGGCAACUCCUUUGGAACUUCAUCGCUUACGACCUCUAAGGACAUUCACAAGGAGGCAGAGGCGACUGCUGCGGCCGUGUUUUCUGCCCUGGCUACUACCUCGUCUGACAAUGCCUUGCCAUCCACUCGCCAUAGCGACAUCAGGAAACGAAUCCGCGUUUCCGCGGCUGAACUACUAGAUAAUCAGCCCAGCACUCAUCGCAGUUUGCUAGAAUCCUAUAGAGGCCAAGAUGUCUCGGAUGUUCUGCUGGUCAGAGCACCGACUCUCACAGUACCCAAGCCAAACCGAUCCCCUGUUCGACCAUCGCGGACGGACCCGUUCAGAUCACCCGCGGCCACCCUCAAACCGGCCGCCUUCAAACCGAUUACCUACAAACCAAUCACUGUCAAACCAUAUACCACUACGGCAGCUGCCACUUCGACCCCAACUGCUAUAGCGUCUGCGAGAUCAGUUGCAAAAAUACCGAGCUCUAUUAUCAAACCGCCUGCCAGCCCCGCUCUCUCCAGGACCGGACUAACGGAAUCCAAAGCGUCUAUAGAAUUUCCAAAGAAGAGGUCUCUGGCCAAGGAGUCCAGUAUCAUGCCAGCGCCUGACGACCUUGUGGUGCGCGGGAGUACAAGAGUUACUCCACUCAACGAGACUGUAUGCAAAGAUAUCGUCGAUCUGCUCACGGAGGACUCGGUAAAUGCGGUGACUCCACCGGUUACUACUCUCAACAACAGACGACCGAUUCGGCCCAUUCAGAAGGCUGCUCAAAAUAUUGCCACGCAGAGGAUGUCGCCUACCAGCAAACGAACGGAAUUAUGGACAUCGCUUUUCCGAGGCAGAGAUUUGGAUAAUAGAACUGGCACAAAUAGCCAUUCUUCAGGCGAGACUGCUAAACUCACACCUUCAGAUCACCAGCCCGCCCAGUCAACCGAGACUGUCCUCAACACCUCAUUCGAUCGCAUUCAGCCUAUCCAGGAACCAACACUCACGUCGCCGACGAUACCAUCAACCAGAUCGAUAUUUCGGGGUCGCCUUGGCGUUUCACGCAAACGACGCCAAUCGUCCGAUUUCCAACCUGGACGCAGCACGACGCCAUUGCAACCAGUAUCGGACGAACCCCAUGAGACGUUGCUGUGGCAAAAGGACGCUGUACAACCCGCAAAACCCGACAAUUUAUUCCAGGAGAGCGACGAUGAGCCACCAGGCACCCCUUCCAAACGCCGCAGGACAGAUUCGGUGCUGGGUCGACGCACCUCGUUUGUGUAUGAUACAGAGGUAGCUACCAAGGAUGACCCGGUCCAUCAGCCCACGACCCCGGUCUCUAAGACACCAGAACGCUCUGCUCUGCUCAAGGCCCUGCGCUCACCCAAGUUGACCUUGGACGAUCUUCGCGCUCCGACUCCCAAGCCUAACAAGACCAAAAAUGGCGAGUCCAUGGCCAUGCCACUGAUGUUACUACACACACCUCAGCAGAAGCUCUUGUUCCAGAUGGAGGCUGGUCUGAUCCCCAAGGUCACCAAUCCGUUCACUAGCCUGACUCCCUCUUCGCUCAUCGACCCCAAGGGCAAGUCGACGUUCAUGUCACCUACACAGAGUCCAUUCAAGCGACCGGCGUUCUCUACGUCAAUAUUUGCUCGAUUCAAGUCGAAUCCUGACCCUGAGCGACAGGAGGAGCAUAUAUCGCCUGCAGAUCCGCCUGUGCAGACGCCUACUCGCCCCAGCCUUUGGGAUCCAACAUCGCCCUUUGCCCCAUCUCCAACACCUGUCAAGAUUACGCGGACACCACCAGCAGCACCACCCGUAUUAACUAAGAGUAUUGACAGGAAACCUCUUACAACGACGUCGAUUUUGAAGCAUCUCCUGAACGGGAACUCCGUCGUCCUCGACAGGAUGUGUGACAAGGUCGACAAUGGCACUGUCAAUAGCGCUCCCCUUCCUACAAACAUGGCAACAGUUCCGCCUGUGACAGCUCCAUCAGUGGCUACCCCGCCAAGAUUUCAAGCACAACGUGAGGAACACACGGAAAUCCAUCCUGUCCGCCAACACGCUGACAUGAAGAAGGCUGUCGAAAUCAAGAAGGCGACUGUUCCAAGUAUUCCCGAUGGGAGUACUGCUGUCGCCAGUCUAAAGGUCAAGCAAAAUCCAUGGGGCAGGCCUCCGUCCUGGACGCCCAAUCAGCCAUUGAUGAUUGAUAUGGACAUGAAGAAGACGCCUCAAGCUGAGCGGACUCGUCGGCUGGCAGCCAAGAGCGCAGGGAUCGGUGCGCCAUCGUUUGGAUCGUUGGCCAAGUCGUCUAUGGGUUCUCUCAAGGUGUCUGUGUUUGGCCGAUCCAAACAUGGGUCAGUCCAGUCGUCGAAUGCUUCAGUCUCCGCCUCGUAUUCGUCAUUGUCGUCGGUGUCAUCGCGUUCCCUCCAUUCCAAUUUCAGCCUGCUGUCGAGUGUUUCAGGACCUGGGGUAGCACAGAGACAGUUGUUUGGUGGAGCCGAUGUUGAAAAUGAAGAAGUGGAGGAUGAUCCUGAUAAUGAUACCCGAGGAUUCAGCCCGCCUGCUGUGUCUCCCAUCCGUGGAUCCGAUCCGGAACUUUUCAAGUCCUUUGCAGAGUCGAUGAUGAUGUCGACCCGGCAGCGAGCGGAAAAUGAGACGCCGCGGUUCCAUAUCCCGAGCCGACCUGCACAACGACAACAACAGCAACAACGCACGGUGUCAGUUCAUGCGGAUGAGCCGAAUGAAAUCGAGUCGAUUGUCGCCGAGUCGUCCCUGGAUCUCCACGAACAGGAAGCCGAGAGUCGGCAGUUUCUGGAUGAACCGAUGCCGGAGUAUGAGGAUGGUGAUGAAGAAGGAGGUGGCGGAGAAGGAUUGACGAGGCAUGGAGAGGCAAGAGAGGAUGAAACUAUAAUGAACUAUGCAUUGCAGCCUAUCUUUGGAAGCGGAGGUGGUUCCAGGAUGUCCGUUUCCAAGUCGACGAUACCCCGAUUCUUUGGCAGCAGUAGCAUUGGAAGCAGAAGCAGUAUGGAGGGAGCAGAUCGAUUUUCCUCUGGCGCGCGCCUGAGUCACGAUAGUCAUGAUAGACAUCUGUCCAGAAAUGAGGGGCGAUCCGAGGAGGAGAAGGUGACUGAGGAAGAGCAUGGGGAAGUGAGAGAUGGAAUGAUGAACGAUAGCGAGGCAGAUGAGAGUAUGAUGAUUGGAGGACUCUUUGACGAGAUGAUGCCUGAAGGACUGGACCCCAACGAGACCCUCUGGGAGAACACCGAGCUCUUUUCGUAG